AGAAACGGAUGUCAAAGAUGGUCCAAAGCUUCCCUCUAUGUCAGUGAGUCCCUCUGGUGAGAUAGUGGAGGGCAGUUCAGUGAAUCUGACCUGUAGCAGUGAUGCUAACCCAGCAGCUAAUUAUACCUGGUACAAGGAGGAUGAAGACUCACCAAAAGCAUCAGGACAGAUCUUCAUCAUCACUGACUUCAGACCUGAACACAGUGGGAAUUAUUACUGUGAAGCCCAGAACAGAAGAGGACGCCAUAACUCCACUGUACAUGAAAUUGUUAUGUCACGUUCAAUGAAAUCAGUAGCUGCUGGGUCAAUCACUGCAAUUUUUCUGGCUAUCAUACUCCUCUGUGCCUUCCUACUUAUUCGAAGAAAGAGGUCAUUAAAACAAAGCACAGAGCCGAGAAAGAGACCAGACAACAGAGCACAGUUAAACAUGAAUCCAGUGUACGACAACUGCUCAGCAGUAGCACAGACAAAACCAGCGGAGGAGGACGACGACAUUUCCUAUGCCAGCGUAAGCUUCUCUGACAACAAGGAAGAUCCUCUCUACUCCAACAUUCGGCCAGCCCAGGCCAACAGGCAGAAGCAUGAAGAAGAAGAGGAGGACGAGGACAGUGUGGAGUACACUACUGUCAACUUUAAUAACUCCAGUGCAUCCCCACAAUUAAAACAUCGAGAGGCUGUGGAGGAUUUAUCUUCACUGUACAGUGCAAUCACCAAAAACCCAAGACCAUAAACACAACAUGAAUCAGUGGUCUGUUACUUUACAGUAUUUAAGCAGGUGUCCACACUAUCAACAGGUUAUCACAAAAGUUUUCUUUUUCUUUUUUUAUAAAGACUGCUCGGGGAUUACUGUAUAUAAUGCACACAUAAUGCAUGUAAGCUACCAAACUCACACAGGAGGACAACUGCUGUGCAGACAAACUGAUACAAUUUUGGCUACAUUCACCGUUAACAGUCAAAAUGUCUACUUUAGGCCUAAAUAACAUAUAUAACAUAUAUAUACACUCUCAUAUUACUGAUGUAACUGGUAACAUGUAUAAAACAGGUUAUAAUCUUGUAUAUAGAUUUUUUGAGUUCUUGUUCCAUGUUGACUAUAAAGCAUUGACAACACUGAGAACUGCUCCUGUCUCUCAUUCCACACUGGCGGAAUAUGUUAUUUUAUUUUAGGCAUUCUUUAAGUUUAAUUCUGUUUCUAUUUCUCAAAUAUUCUCAAUAUUCCUAUUAGUAAGUUUGUGUUUUGUUUAAGUACCCAUCUCACAACUU